AUGGCCGCGCGCGUGCCCUGGCGCACGGUCUUCCUCGCGGAGUACGGCGGCCCCAUCGCCAUCUUCCCCGCGGUCGCGGCCGCCGCGAGCCCCGCGCCGAGUCGGGCGCUGGACCUCGCGACGGGCCUCUGGACGCUCCACUUCGCGAAGCGGUUCCUCGAGACGCUGUUCGUCCACUCCUUCUCCAAGGCGACGAUGCCGCUCUCGAACCUCUUCAAGAACUGCGGCUACUACUACUCCGCGGCGGCGCUCGUCGCCUGGGACGUCGCGCGCCGCGGCGACGUCGCCGUGUGGCGGCCCGCCGUCGCCGCGUUCUUCCUCUUCGAGGCGCUCAACGCCUACACGCACCUGCACCUCGCGGGCCUCCGGGCCGACGGGUCGCGCGAGGCGAAGAUCCCCACGGCCUGGCCGUUCCGGUACGUGUGCUCGCCGAACUACACCUUCGAGAUCCUCGCGUGGGCGUCGUUCGCGGCCGCGUUCUCCUCGCCCGGCGCCGCGGCCUUCGCGGCCGUCGGCGCGGCGCAGAUGGCCGUCUGGAGCCGGGGCAAGCUCAAGCGCUACCGCCGCAAGUUCUACCAGGAGGACGCCUUCACGGCGACGAAGGCGCUCAUCCCCUUCAACCUCGCGCCGCCCGCGGCGCCGCGCCACUUCUUCGGCGUCGACAUGAACGGCGACGACGUCCUGGCGCCCGUCGCGUCCGUGUCGAGCCUCUGCGGCACGUUGUACAAGCUCUACACGGAGCUCGACGCGGCCUGGCAGCUCUCCGGCAACGUGAGCAGCCACUGGAGCGACGUCCAGGGCUUCGCGCUCUACGUCGCCGUGAGCGUGCCCGCGGGCUUCGUCUGCGGCCUCAGCGGCGCGGGCAACCAGCCGCGGGCGCCGCGGUCCUGGCGCCUGGCGUCCCUGGCCGCGGCCGGCGGCGGCGCCGCCUACGGCGCGCAGGACGUGGCGCUGCCGUUCGCCGUCGUGGGUUUGGCGUCGUGGGGCGCGGCCGUCGCGGCGCUCGCGGCGCUCGCGGCGCGCGACCCGGAGGAGGCGACGGCCUACGAGCGCGCGCGGGACGCGCAGCGCGUCGCCCACGUGCGGCGCGCGCUCCGGCCGCGGCCGCGGCCGCCGGCGGCCGCCGCGCGGGUCCGGCGGCUCCGGCUCCACCCAGGUUAUACGCUCGAGCGCGACGACCGCGGCGACCUCGUCCUGUCGUCGGCGACGGGCCACUUCCCGGCGCGGCUCGGCGACGUCUUCCACGACCUGUCGCCCGAAGCCGCGGAAGGCGCGGCGACGCCGGAGCCGUUCGCCGCGUCCGCGGCGAAGCAGGUCAAGGCCUUGGUCGCGAGGCUCGCGGGCGCGUUGCGGGGCGCCGUCGCGGGCCGCGCGGCGCCCAAGGUCGCGCCGGAGAGCGACGCGGGCUGGGCCGGCGCCGCGGAGGCGGGCCUCGAGGAGCUCAAGCGCAAGCUGCUGCGGUCGCGGCCGCCCGCGCUCGUCGUCGCCGUCUACCUGACGGCGUUCGUCGCCGUCAUCCUCACCGUCUACUUCAUCCACACGGGCGUCGUCCCAUCGUCCUACUGGGGCACCGUCGACGACGUCAAGGAAGUGAAGCACGAGAUCCACGACCAGAAGCGCCAGCUCGAGACGUACCGCGCGCUGCUGUCGGCCGCGCUCGACGCGAUCAACGCGACGUCGACCGCGCUCGGCGUCGCGGGCAACGAAACGCUGGCGUCCCGCGUCGCCGCGGAGCGGGACGCGGUCGUCGCGGCCUACGCGCCGCCCGGGGCGACGUGCGGCGACGGCGCCGGCGCGAACGCGUCCGCGGCGGCCGCGGCGUUCGCGCUGUCGUGCGUCCUCGGCGCGCUCGACCCCGCGCUCUCCCAGCUCGGCGGGGGCGCCUUCUCGACGAAUUCGGGCCUCGUCUCCUACGGCACGCUCGACGCCAUCGACGACGACAUCGCCGCGUGCGACGACAUCUGGAAGGCGUGCGACGGAUUGGUCGCGGACAUGAACGAGCUCGGCUGGGCCGCGGAGUACGCGUGGGUCGUCGGCUGCUGGUUCGCGUUCUGCUGGACCUUCCCCUGCAUCUUCUACGUGCUCCGCCAGUGGGACGAGGGCCUCGACGCGCUCCAGAGCGGCGACGCCGCGCGGAGCGCCAAGUACGCGCGGUCCUCCAUCUCCGCCGCGCCGUCGCUGCUGGGCAACGUGAUCUCGGCCUGGGCCUGGGUCUGGCUCAUCCUGGCGCUCCUCGGCUUCGUCGUCGCCGUGAACCUCACCUACCCGCCGCUCCUGAACUACUGGCUCACGUGGCAGUGGUGGCUCUACUCCAUCGUCAUCACGACGACGAUCAAGUCCGCGAUCGUCACACCCUACCUCUACAAGAAGCGGGCGACGGACGGCGCCGUCGUCCUGGACCGGGGCCUCUACACGCUCUGCUUCGCGGGCUGGCUCGUCUACGGCGUCAUCACGGGCACCUGGGGCGCGUUCAUGCGGCUCUGCUACUUUAUUAUCUGGUCGCUCCAGGCCGUCUUCCUCUUCGACUCGAGCUUGUUGCCCGAGGAGCUGCGGUCCCUCGACUCGGGCUACGGCGCCUUCUGCGGCAUGCUCUGGGCGCACCACCGCCACUCGAACCCGCACGUCCUCGUCGCGUGCCGCGCGCUCCGCGACACGUCCGACGACCCGCCCGCGCGGCGCCGCGCGCGGAACCGCUUCGGCCUCGCGCUCACGCUCCUGCGGAACCCGGGCCUCGCGAAGCACCGGCGCCCGGGCGGCAGGCCGCGGCUGCCCGCGGACGACGACGCCGCGGCGGCGCCCGCGGCGGAGGAGCCCGCGCCGCGCGACGGCGCGGCCGAGCUCCCGCCGCUGCGGCUCUCGCCGAGAGACGCGGGGAGCGUCGCGACUUAA